UCCGUUGGAGAUUAGCUCCACCAAAGCGGAAGUGUUCAAAACUUCAAAGUUCAAACUUGGAACUCGCAGCUGAGGCCUCCGAGAAUAGAUCAGUGUCUUGGUCUCUUUCUUGGCCUCUUGCUCUCUGUUCCCAACAAACCCUAGCCCUUACCCCAUUUCAUAGUCCAUGGAAUCUGGAGCUACGAGAGACAAGGGCUCCUCGCCGCCGCCCAAGCCCUCCAAGUUCUCAGUUUACCAGAACGAAGCUCUCUCCUCUGCCCUUACCACCAAAAGUCUCCGACCGUCCAAUUACUCCCUCCUCUGCAUCUUCACUUUCUCCUCCGCCUCCGCCUUCGCUCUUCUCACCGUUAUCUCCAGGGAAAACGGUUUCAUUGACAGUUUGAAGUUCAAAAAUGUUCCCCAGGCAGUAGCGUAUUUGUUUGCCAAAGCAAUACAAACUGUGGUGGGCUUAGUCUUUUUUGGAACAAUAUUUGCCCUGGUCAAAGCGAUCUCUCUGCGCAGAGCAAGGAAUACUGCCGAUGUGCCUGUUUUAUCUUCCAGUAAAGGAAAUAAGGAUCAAACACAUCUUACGAAACAUCAACUAGGACUUUUGGGUAUAAAAUCAAAGGUUGAACAAGUUGUGUCUGAAACUUCAAAGAAACCCCCCAAGUCUAGACCUCACUUGACACCUUCUUCAGAUAUCCUGGUUCCACUUCACCAGCCAAUGAUCAGUCCAAAUCGUUCAUCUCGCACCAUCACAGAUAGAUCGAACUCAAGUGGGGGAAAUAGGAUGCGCUCUGUUGGCACCCCGUCCAAAUCACCAAGUUCUUCAUCUUCUUUAUAUCUUGUCCCUGGUGGUGUUUCACAAUUGUCUUCUGUUCAAAAUUCACCAGGAGUGGAUUCAUUGGUCUCAACCCCUUGGUCAAACAAGCGGGCCUCUUCUGGAAAAGAGAUAACAUCAGAAGAAAAGCUUGAAAAGUUCUUGGCAGAAAUAGAAGAGAAAAUCACAGAAUCAGCAGGGAAACUGUCUACUCCACCCCCCACAAUUAGUGGUUUUCGCAUAGCUAGUCCAAACACUGUUUCCAGUUCAGCCAAUACCUCUGGAACUACUAGGAGUACUCCAUUGAGGCCUGUGAGGAUGUCUCCAGGUUCCCAGAAGUUCAGCACUUCCCCCAAGAAAGGAGAGGGCGACCUUCCUCCACCUAUGUCCCUUGAAGAAUCUAUUGAAGCUUUUCAGCAUUUGGGCAUCUAUCCUCACAUUGAGCAAUGGCGUGACCACCUCAGGCAAUGGUUUUCUUCGGUUUUGAUUAAUCCUCUUCUUAAGAAGAUUGAAACUAGUCAUCUUCAGGUAAUGCAAGCAGCUGCUAGAAUUGGUAUUUCAAUGACAAUCAGUCAAGUCGGAAGUGAUUUACCAACUGCAGGAAUUCCUGCUACCAUGUUUCCAAUUGAUAGGACUAAGGACUGGCAACCAGCAUUUACUCUAGACGAAGAUGGAAUUCUUCAUCAAUUACGAGCUACUCUUGUGCAGGCUAUUGAUGCUUCCUUGCUGAAGCUGCCUUUAGCUAAUCUGCAACAACCCCCACAGCAAAAUCCCUUGAUCCCGGUUAUGCAGCAGUGUGUAGAUGCUAUCACUGAAUACCAGAAGCUUCAUGCUUUGAUGAAAGGAGAGUUGGUUAAAGGUUUGCUACCUCAAAUCAGCAUUCAAGCAGAUUAUAUCGUACAACGGAUACAAGAGCUUGCUGAAGGAACCUGCUUGAAAAGUUAUGAGUAUCUUGGAAGUGGGGAGGUUUAUGACAAAAAGAAUAAGAAGUGGACUCUUGAGCUUCCAACUGAUUCUCACUUGCUUUUGUAUUUAUUCUGUGCUUUCCUAGAGCACCCAAAAUGGAUGCUACAUGUGGAUCCUACAUCGCAUUCUGGUGUCCAGUCUAUAAAGGAUCCAUUGUUCUUGGGAGUUCUACCUCCAAAAGAAAGGUUUCCUGAGAAAUAUGUUGCAGUCAUCUCUGGUGUACCUUCUGUUCUUCACCCAGGAGCUUCUGUACUGGUUGUUGGAAGGCAAAGCCCACCAAUCUUUGCCUUGUACUGGGAUAAGAAGCUUCAAUUUUCUCUUCAGGGAAGAACAGCACUCUGGGAUUCCAUCUUGCUUUUUUGUCACAGGAUUAAGGUAGGACAUGGAGGGAUAGUUCGAGGUAUUCAUCUUGGUUCUUCAGCCCUGAGCAUCCUUCCAGUGCUGGAUUUGGAAACCGACGACUGAGUUCUUGUUAGGGAGGCUGCGUUCUGCUUGUAAUAUGCUUCUCAGCGCUGACAUCAGGCACAAAGGAUUCACCAAUACAUGCUCUGAUUGUGCUUGUCGGUGCAGAAGUUGUUCGACUCUGUGGAAUUCAUCUGAUAUGAGAGCUCUGGUUGAUAAUUUUGUUUCAUGCAGCUGAUUUGCUAAGUUGGAUCAUUCUUAGAACA